AUGUUCGUCGUGCAGUUCUCACCCACCGGCCGUGUGGCCUGCGGGGGGUCGUUUCUGGACCUGCAUGGGAGGCGCCCGCCGGCGACGAUUCAGGCGGUGCAUCCCACCGGCGUCGCGCCGCCGCCGCCGCCGCCGCUGACCUCGUGGAGCGCCUUCCCAACGUCGAAGAGGCCGCACGGGGAGCCCACGGCGGGCGAGGACGAAAACGCCAAUCCGGCCGGCGAGCACGUGGCACUCGGUUUCUCGCACGCCGCCGACGCCUCCGCGCAGACGUUGUUCUUCUCCGUGGGCGUCUUCCGCUGCGACACCUGGGCGCUGCAGUGGGCUGUCCGCGCGGACGCACUGGGCGACGGGCGACGCGUGUGCCAAGUGUGUUGUCUGAGUGCUCACACCGUCGUCUUCAUCGUCGAGGGCGGCGGCAAGAAGGAGCUCUACGUCGCCUCCAAGGCGGACGUUCCCCGCGUGGCGAAGCGCGAGAACCGUCAGUGGCGCUCCUUCCUCGCAAGCGCCCACCCUGUCGGGAUGAAGUUUGCGGGCGAAGACUUCCACAGCCUUUGCGCCCUCUCGGCGACGUCCUGCCUGCUUCUGACGGGCGCCGGUCGGCUCAUUCGUGUCACGGUGGCGACUGCCCCGCAGCUGGAGGUCACGGAGGAGGAGGUGACCGUCGACGGAGGCCUGGCGGCGGCGCGCGGCGACGGCAGCCGCAGUUUGGUGCUAUCCGGCGCAGUAGGGAAGGACACGGAGUCCGAAAACUGCCACGCGGCCGUGUUUGCCGCGGGCGGCUCCACCUGCCAUGUCAUGAAGCUUGUGGGCACGAAUGCCGCAAUGAAGGUGAGCAGGCCGCAGCCGAUUUCACUGCCUGCGGGGGCGACGGUGGAGCGGGCCGAGUUUGCCGGUCCGCACAUCCUCGUCCUGACGCUCGCGUUUAACAAAAGAACGACCUUUGCGCUUCAGAUGACGUGUCUUGUGCCCUCGCAGUCGCCCUCCACCGCCACAGCUCCAGCAUCCUCAGCAGCGCCGUCUGAGAGCCCCUUCAGUUGUAUUCCCUUUGCACCACUGCGGAUGGCGGCGCAGCAGGUGCCGCUGGCGACGAUGUAUUGUGCAGAAAAAGAGACACACGUUGUGCUUGUGAGCCGCCCGCAUCGUGCGGCGGACGCUGGCAGGCGCCACGACGCGGCCACGAGCAGCGCCACGGGCGGCGGCGAGUCCUCGUGGUGGAGUUGUCUGGAGUAUGCGGAGCUGCCGCUGCAGGAGGGGCCGUACCCGGAGGAGGUGCUCCGCAACGCAACAUGGCGUUCCCUUCCAGAGCCGUGCUCCACCGCCCUCCCCACCGUCGCGGCGGCGGGGGCGCUUGGCGCGGAGGGCACCGACGGUGACAAUGAGGAUGAGGAGGAGGACAACAACAAUGACGACGACGACGACGGCGACCACCACCACCACCACCACCACCACGCGACUGCCACGGCCGCCGCCGCCGCCUUCCAGCGUGGGCUGGCCUUGCUGAGUCACACCCCGUCUGGGGGGCAGUGGGAGCCCAUCCGCCUGCACUACGCGUUAGCGGCGCCCCUUUCGCGGCGAAAGGCGGCAGGGGAAAAAAGCAGCAACGUUGCAGUGAAUGUGCUGGCGAUUGAGACCGCCCCGUUUGUGCAUACGCGGCUGGUGAAGCAGUGGCAUAACGCCACGCGCGGCCUGCGGUGUUUGCUCGACGAGGCCAAUAACACCGUGGGGGGCCUCGCACCGUUCGCCGUCGCCUGGAACCCGCGGCACCUCCGACGGGCGCUUCGGCUGUUCAGCCAGGAAGGCCUUCGGCUGCUCUUCGGCCGCGUCGCCGAUGCCCUCCGCGCCUCCACGCAGCCGGGCGAGGCGCCAAGUCUCUUCUAUGGGGCAGCGGCCACCGCCGUGACGGACGUGGCGCUGCAGAUCAUCACACUCGCCCGCCAGGUGGGCGCGCUGCUCGCGCCGGAGGACGUGGCGGUCAACGCGUUGCUGCUGCGGGCCUCACGGGAGGCGGGCCACUUGGUAGUAAACAACACCGCCCGUGGCCGGCUGCUGCUUGAGAGCGUCGUGCGCAGCCGGCUGGCGAACCGUGUGCUUGGCGGCGUGACAGCGAACCACAGGGCGGCGCAUAGCGGCAGUGACCCCACCGCAGACGAGGAGGCGGAUGCGGCGGAGGCUGAGUUUCUCAACGCGCCAGCCGAGUUGCGGGUGGAGCGUGCGCUGCGCACCAAAUACGCCCCGAACACGUGGACGCAGCAUUUACUGCGGAGGCACGGCGAGCACAGCGCGGUGGUGGCGAGGGCCCUGCAGCACCUCCAGGCCGUUGCCCCCCUGCUGCAGCAGCAGGCCGCAGUCGGCGGCGGCGGGGAGGGCGGGGAGGCGGCGCAACACCCGCAGAGUGCGGUGGCGCCUGCGCUGCUGCCGGAUUGGAUGCCGCUGGGACGGCGGGCGCACGCCAGCGCCGCCUUCACGGAGUACGAGUCCGCCCUGCUGCACCCCGCCGCCGCCCGCUAA